UCAGUACCAAAAGCGGUAACCCCGAGCUACACUCAGGCUUACCAUUCAGCGUUGCAUAGGGAGUCCCUGCAGCGCUUACCUUGUCCUUCGCUCCCGCGAUGCGUCCCCUGCAGCGUCCCCGGCCAUCUCCUCUGGCCGAUGCCGGCAUCCGGCUUCCGUGUUACGGUCCCUGUGACGUCAGGACGUACGGGCGCCGGAACCGGUGGCAAAUUUAAAAUUUUUUUUAAAAGUCAUUUUUUAAAAAAUUAUUAUUACAUAUGCUUUGUCCUGUCCCCUGCCUGCAUUUUGACUUCUUUC